CACGUACACCAGUCCUGCUCUCUCAAAUGUCAUUACAUUUUUUUAUAUUUUAAUUACAAAUUGUAUUGUUUGUCCUGGUGAGAACUCCAGCCCAUUUCUGGAAAUAAUGACUGUGUCUGAGGAAAGGUGUGGAGCGUCAAAAGUCAGGACAGAUCCAAUAUGAAGGGGCAGCAGCGCUGCACUUUGGCCCCUAACCGGAGAGGCUGGUCAUGCCCUGCGUCUCUGGGGCGCAUCAGUCGAAUGGAAAGAGAAUGGAGUCUACACGGGCACUGCUGAGCCUCUGGGUACUGACAGUUUUGUUCUUCGAUUCUGCUCAGGCUGAUGAAGCUCCAGAGAACAUCAGCCCAAAGCCUGAGCUGUCACACCUGCAGUGUGCUGUCCACCAGAGGGCAGUGUUGUGUUCACACUCUAACACCACCUUCACCAACUGGAGUUCAGAGCAGAGAGCAGCUCUCCUCAGCUCCGUCAGCAGACUGGCCCAGUGUCUGCACUCACAGCAGCUCAGAGACUGUGAUGAAGUGGAGCCUCAGAAGUGUCCAGCGGCCGAUGCUCCAGAGAACGGCGGUGUGCUUUGUGUGGCCUUGAACAACAGACGCUUCUGCAAACCAAUGUGUAACCACGGCUUUGACUUUGGGUUCCUGCGCCAGAGCCGACUGUUUGACGAGUGCAGUGACAAGACGGAAUACAGAUGGGACAGUCAGUAUGUGGGGGGAAACACCCUGGCUCUGUGUAUCCGAGCUUCAGUGACUGUGUCAGGAGCCAAAUCUGCCUAUUUCCCCAAAGAGCAGGACUGUCUCCAGACCAAAGCCAACAGCACCCUGUCCAGCGCCCUGAAGGAGCAGUUCAUCAGAGAGCUAGAGGAGCGAGGCCACCAGGGGGAGCUGCAGAGAGCCUGUCUUGUGUGUGGACUUACACGCUAAACAUGAACAAGACAUGAACCGGUCUCUCCAAGAUUUGAUGUUGCAAACUCAACUAUUAAUGCAAAAUCAACCAAAUUCCAAGAAAUUGCCCCCCUCUGCAACGUCUCCAAUCAAUGUAUCUUUUAGCAACUCAUCAUCCCUCUUAGAGCUCUUUUUGUCCACUGUGUGCACAGAACAAGACAUGCACAUGUUUUGAGUCAGGCCGUGUUUUCAAGUAGGUCCUAAAGCUCAGCUCUAAAUGCUGUAAAUGCAUCGAUUGCUCUAAAUGCAUCAGUUGAAACAUUGUAUUUGAAAUAGCAUAACAUUUCAAAGAAAGAGGCUUGUCUACUGGAUGAUGUUUUUUUGUUUUUUUAAUGCAGAAUUUGCAUUGCAACUUUUAUAAAAUAUCCUGUCAGAUCAGGUGUGUCAGCACUCAGCCAUCAUGAACAUGCUGCUGAAAUGAUGUUAAACAUGUGAUGUUUUAGGCUUAGUGUCAUUUCACACAAUAAAGUGUAAAGU